GCUAGAGUUGAUGAAGAAGAUGUAGAAGAUGAUGGUCCCGAAGAAUCAAUUGAGAAAUCUCAAUCUAAAGAAUCAAAUAACAUGAAUAAUCAAGAGAAAAUUACUGAAUUCGUAGAAGAUGAGACUGUUCAAGAAAGGGAUGAUCAAGGAAAGAUUAUAUUGAAAACAGAUGAUCAGAAGCAUAGUUUCUUUUAUCGAAGACAUUCCAGACAUUAUUUAGCUGAUGAAGUAAGAAAGGAGGAUAAAAAUGCUGUAUUAACAGCUGCAACAUACCAUAAAAAGACAAAGAUUUUAGUUACAGGUUUCUCCAAUGGGUCAUUUUUCUUACAUGAGAUGCCUGAAGUCAACAUGAUCCACUCGCUUAGCAUAUCACAACAAAAUAUUACAGCAUUGAGCAUAAAUAAUACGGGAGAUUGGAUAGCACUCGGAUGCUCUGGUGUUGGUCAAUUACUGGUCUGGGAAUGGCAAUGUGAACAAUAUGUAAUGAAACAACAAGGACACUCUUCAAAUAUGACUUGUUUGAGUUAUUCUCCAGAUUCUGAAUUUAUAGUCACUGGUGGACUAGAUGGAAAAUUAAAGCUUUGGAAUACAUCAACUGGAUUUUGUGUUAUUACUUUCAGUGAACACACGAGUGCAAUAACACAAGUUCAAUUCAGCAAGAAAUGUUUCAUCAGCUCAUCAUUGGAUGGUACUGUACGUGCUUUUGAUAUGACGAGAUAUCGCAAUUUCCGAACAUUUACCUCACCAUCGCGCCCCGUGCAGUUUUCUUGUGUGGCUGUAGACUCUUCUGGUGAAUUGGUUUGCGCUGGAGGCCAAGAUAUUUUUGAACUUUAUCUGUGGAGUAUGAAAAUGGGCAGAUUAUUGGAAGUACUUAGUGGUCACGAAGGACCUGUUGUUAGUAUAAGCUUUUCUCCAAGUCCUGGUUCAUCAUGUCUUGUAUCAUGUUCAUGGGAUGGAACGAUUCGUGUAUGGGACGCACUGGAAAGCAGUGCUCAAAAUGAACCGAUUAUACUUGGCUCUGAUGCGUUGUGCGUCACUUUUAGGCCUGAUGGAGAAGAAAUUGCAGUUGCAACAUUAGAUGGGCAGAUAACUAUGUUUCAUGUAAAAAGUGGUUCACAAACUCAUAGUAUAGAAGGCAGGAAUGAUUUAGGUUCUGGUCGAACAGAAACGGAUCUUGUUACAGCCAAGCAGAGUUUGAAGGGAAAAGCUUUUACUUCCUUAUGUUACUCCGCCGACGGCGAGUGCAUAUUGGCCGGAGGCCAAUCUAAAAAUGUUUGUAUAUAUAAUGUGCAGGAAGGAAUUUUAUUAAAGAAAUUCCAAAUAACACAAAAUAGGUCUUUUGAUGCUGUGGAUGAUUUCAUUAAUCGACGAAAAAUGACAGAAUUUGGUAAUAUUGCAUUAAUUGAAGAAAGAGAAAUAUCAGAAGGUGGAAAUGUAACUAUAAAACUGCCUGGUGUGAAAAGUGGUGAUAUGGCCUCAAGAACAGUGAAACCUGAGGUACGAGUUUUAUGCUUACAAUUUUCACCAGCUGGUCAUUCCUGGGCUGCUUGUACAACUGAAGGGUUGUUGCUUUAUUCUCUAGAUAAUGCUUUUGUUUUUGACCCAUUUUUAUUGGAUCUUGGAACAACCCCUGAAGCAGCAAGAAAUUGUCUUAAGGAACAACAAUAUUCUAUGGCAUUAAUUAUGGCAUUGAGACUUAAUGAACUUGCACUUAUACACGAGAUAAUUGAACAAAUACCUUAUGCUGACAUUGAAAUCACUGCAAACUCGCUACCUCAAGAAUAUGCAAAGCGUGCUUUGAAGUUCAUUUCCAAAACGCUUGAGGGAACAACACACAUUCAAUUUUACCUGCGAUGGACAACAGCCUUUCUGGAAAUGUUAGGACCUCGUGACCGUGGAACUAUUUUGCCUGAGACAUUAGUUGCUUUAGAAAAAAGUUUGCUGAGAAAAUAUGAUGCACUUAGUAAAAUUUGUGAUUUUAAUAAAUACACUCUUCAAUGGGUCAAGAAAAUGGGUGAAUUGGAAGAAGCUAAACAAACCCAAGUGAUCAAUGAUGAUGAUUCAAAUGAAGAUGAGAUGGAUUAUUCCGAUCAUGAUGAUAGUGAAACAGAAAUUACUGAUCUUUUAUCUGUAAAAUUAUAAAUUAUAUUA